UGUUGGCGGGGAAGGUCCAAUCUUUGGCGCUCGUCCUGGCCCCGCGUGUUUUUCGGUACGUUCGGCUCAGAUCCGCAGAACACGUAUAGUUGUUGCUGCUGUCGACAGUUUUCGAGUGUGAGCAAACAUUCGAGGUAGGCGCAGAUCGAGCGAGCGAGCGAGCGAGCGAGAGAGAGAGAGAGAGAAUGGCGAUGGCUAUGGCGAUGGCGGGUUCAGUGACGGAAAGUGAGGUGGUGCUCGGAGCGCUCUCGAGGGAGCGCGGGCUGUUGUCGCGCUCGCGCUCCGCGUCCCUUCUGGGCGCAAGCUCGUUUCAGAUCACCCGGCCCAACGCAGGCAGGAGCGGCUCAGUUGGCAGCUGCAUAUGUUUCUCCCUCAGAUACAGCAACGCGGGAUCGAGUGCCUCGGAGGCGGUGAGGGUGACCCGUUGCACUGCAGAGCAAUCUCAGUUGGCCACGACUGUCGAGCCAGUGAAAACGAAUUUAAACCCCUCGAGGCGAAUGGCUAUGGUGUCCUUGCUCGCCGCCAUCACCGCCUCAACGCCCCAGUCGGCGUCCGCUGCUGCGGACGACCGCCAGUCGUCCGAUACACCCCCGACUACCUCUCCUAGGACGGGCCGGUCUUCAUCCCACGCUGAUCUUCUGUCUUCCAAGACAAUUUUCACACCGCUGGGACAGGACUAUUUGAACAGGGCCGUUCUGCUGGCAACGCUGCCAAUAUUCAUGAAGUUUUGGAAUCAUCCGUCUUCAGUGCCAGAGCUCGCUUAUGCCGGUGCUGACCAUGGUGGGGAGGUGCGCAGCAGGCAUGAAGAGCCCUCCAGUGAGGAAUUCAAGGCGCCUACGUUCUUGAUGUCAAAUGGACCCGAUAUGAAGGAACAAAUUAGGGAAAUGAAAGCAGCAGAGCAGCGCUGGAAACAGCAGGUCAGGGAUGGAAGGAUAAAGUCCCUGUCCCCGAAGGAAGCAGGGUAUGCAAUUCAAUUGUCAAGCAGCGUUCUACUUGAUGUGCGACCCUCCUUUGAGAGGAAUAAGUCCUGGGUGAAAAACUCAGUCUGGGUUCCGGCAUUUGAAGUUGAUAGAGGCAUGGAUCCAGGGACGCUGAUGAAAAAGUUUUCGGCCUUCACAAUGGGGGGUUGGUGGGAAGGCACGGCGCUGAUGAAAAGAAAUGAGCGUUUUAUGGCAGAUGUGGUUGCAAGGAUCCCAAAGGACGCAAAUGUAAUUGUCUCGUGCCAGAAAGGAUUAAGAUCUUUAGCAGCUUGUGAACAGCUUCUAAAAGUAGGGUACAAAAAUGUUUCAUGGUUGAACGGAGGGUACGAUGCGGCAGAGGACGGGGACUUUGAGACGGAAGGAUCGCAACCACUCAAAUUUGCUGGUAUUGGCGGGAUGUCAGAGUUCUUAGGGUGGACUGAUGUGCAGAGGCUGCAAGCAGCGAAGGAAGGCAUCGGAUAUAGGUUGAUGUUGUUUGGAAGAUUGGCCCUUGUCAUUGCAGCAGCGGAUGCCCUUUUGGUCGGUGCCCAGAAGCUAAAUGAAGUUUUACGUCACUAAAAUCUUACAUCCCGAGAGCACACCACCUCCACAUGACAUAUCUGCAGCCUUCCAUCCUACCAUCCUUCUCCUCUCUCUCUCUCUCUCUCUCUCUCUCUCUCUCUCUCUCUCUCUCUCUCUCUCUCUCUCUCUCUCUAUCUCUGUGUGUGUGUGUGCGUGUGUGUGUGUGUGUGUGUGUGUGUGUGUGUGUGUGUGUGUGUGUGUGUGCUUCCUUCCAUUUUUCCCCUCUUUCCUCGCCUUCAUUCGUCUCGUCUUCUUGGUCAUUCCUAUCGCUUUUCAGAUUCCUCUUUCCGGAAGAAAUCUUGUUUAUAUUCCCAUCCUGUAGAGCGGUUAGGAUAUUUAUAGAAGAGUCAGUUUAGCAUGACGUGAUACCCUAGCUUCCAUGUUAUCAAUAAAACAUUUUUUUCAGACAUUGCUCGUCUGUUUUCCCCAUUGCUGGGGAGUUAACAAAUGCCUUAUGCACAU